CUCCAUCUCAUCUCGCGUUGUCUCUUCUCGUCUCGUCUCGGCCACUGCGCACCCGCAUAAUGUUCCGCCCCGCCACCCUCCGCUCGCUCUCCCGUGUCCCCGCCAUGCGCGCCGCCAGCGCCGCCAACGCUGCGCGGUGGUACGCGAGCUCGUCGGACAAGUUUGUGCGCAUCGUCGAAGUCUCGGCGCGUGACGGUCUCCAAAACCUCCCUCCUCCCGCCGUUCCCACGCCGGUGAAGAAGGAGCUAAUCCAGCGACUCCUCGACUCGGGGCUCAAGACGAUCGAGGUGGGCAGCUUUGUGCGCGCCGACCGCGUCCCACAGAUGGCGGACACGCCGCAGCUGCUCCCGCAGCUCCCACCCCUCUCGGCCGCCGCAGACACACACUACCCGGUCCUCGUGCCGAACCUGCGCGGCAUGCAGGGCCUGCUGGAGCUCGACAAGGGCGCUGAGCGACUCACGAACGAGAUCGCUGUCUUCGUGAGCGCGACCGAGCCCUUCUCCAAGGCGAACAACAACGCGUCCGUCGACAAGGUGCUCGCCGGCCUCCCGCCGGUCAUCGAGCAAGCGAAGGGCAAGUACCGCGUGCGCGGAUACGUGUCGUGCGUGAUGACGGACCCGUACGCGGGCCCGACAGACCCGAAGGACGUGGUCAAGGUCGCGCGCAAGCUGCUCGACAUGGGGUGCUACGAGGUGUCGCUCGGCGACACGACGGGCGAGGGCAACCCCGAGGCGUGGAAGCGGCUGUGGCAGGCGCUCAUCGACGAGGGUAUCCCCGUCGACAAGAUGGCUGCCCACUGCCACGACACGUUCGCCAUGGCCGUCCCCUCCAUCCUCGCGCUCCUGCCCAUGGGCCUGCGCAUCGUCGACUCGUCCCUCGCCGGCCUGGGCGGCUGCCCCUACUCGCCCGGCGCGACGGGCAACGUCGCGACCGAGGAUGUCGUCUAUGCCCUCCACAAGCUCGGAUACCAGACCGGUGUCGACCUCGACAAGCUCGUCGAGGACGGUAACUGGCUCUGCAGCGCCAUCGGGAUCCGCAACGAGUCCAAGGUCGGCCGCGCGAUCGGUGCCCGCCAGGCGCUCAAGAAGAAGAAGGCCGCCGAGGCCGCCGCGUAGGGGUUUCUUGCAUAGUUGUCACUCAUGUAUCUUUAUUCAGGCAG